GGGGCAGGGGGCAGGCGCGUGCGGCGGCGCGUGCGCGCGGGCGGCGGAGCCGUCGGGAUGUCGCGUUACGGCCGCUAUGGAGGCGAGACCAAGGUGUACGUGGGAAAUCUGGGCACGGGCGCCGGCAAAGGCGAGCUGGAGAGAGCCUUCAGCUACUAUGGACCGCUGAGAACCGUGUGGAUCGCCAGGAACCCGCCGGGGUUCGCCUUCGUGGAGUUCGAAGACCCCCGGGAUGCUGAAGAUGCUGUCCGUGGACUUGACGGCAAGGUGAUCUGCGGCUCCAGAGUCAGAGUGGAAGUAUCCACAGGGAUGCCGCGCCGCUCCCGCUACGACCGGCCCCCUGCCCGGCGCCCUUUCGACCCCAACGACAGAUGCUACGAGUGUGGUGAGAAAGGCCACUAUGCCUAUGACUGUCACCGCUAUAGCCGGCGAAGGAGGAGCAGGUCCCGGUCUAGAUCCCGCUCGAGGUCCCGAGGAAGAAGGUAUUCCCGGUCACGCAGUCGCAGCCGUGGUAGGAGGUCCAGGUCAGCUUCCUACCGCAGGUCCAGGUCCGUGUCUCCUCGUAGGUCUAGGUCCGUGUCUCCUCGCCGGUCCCGGUCGGGUUCCUUGAAGAGAUCAAGGUCUAGAUCAAGAUCCAGAUCUAGAUCCAGAUCUGUUACAUGGCCCCGAAGCAGGUCUAGGUCUCAUGGCAGAUCCAAGUCUGGCUCGCCGGCUAAGAGCCGGUCAAAGUCCCGGUCACCGUCUCCAAAGAGAAGCCGCUCACCAUCAGGAAGCCCUCAACGAAGUGCAAGUCCUGAAAGAAUGGAUUAAAGUUAUGAAGUUAAUCUUUUAGGAAGAAAGUUAUUUUGCUUACAUUAUUAUAAGGGAUUUUGUGGUGUCUUUGUAAAUGUAAGAAUGUAGAUAGAAGAGUAUAUCAACUAAAAUUUGGCAUGAUCUGGGUCUUCUGAGUUAGUCACACCAAUAGACUAGCACAGGUCUCUUUUUAUUGUAUGAAUUAACUUCCUGUGAUAUGAAAAUGUGGGACUUUUUUAUUGGCACAUUGAAAUAAAAUGUGUAUUUUUAACUAAAACUUCUCCGUAGUAACCCUGCUGCUUCUGUUAACGUUUGGGUAAUUUUAGCUGUGUGCCAUGUAACGUGGAUGAAAAAUGUCUAAAAUGGGAAUCACUAAUCCCAGCUGGUGUCUUCUCAAGGUAGUCACUUUUCACAUUUACUGUUGAAUGGUCUUUGGUGAAAAGGAUCAGUUCCUGCUUUCCUUGAAAUGGAAUUUAAAAUCCAUCUCUGCCUGCAGAUGGAUAAAAAUUUGCAUAUGCCCUUUUCGAUCCUUGAUAUUUAGUGGGCAUUCAUUUUUCUGCCUCAUCUGCUUAUUCUGCAAAGCUCAUUCUCUGGUGAUUGACUGUUGAUACCGGAUGCCCCAAAAAUCUAAGGAUAAACUUUCCUCCAAAACACAUCUUUUAAGCAAGUAACACCUGCAGAAACUUCUAAAGGUAAUAGAAAUCAUAAUUAACUUGACAAUUGCUACUUUCACUUGUUGCAUUUUUUAGUUCCUUAGGCUGUUGAUACAAAGAAAACUUUCUAUUUAAAGUAUCUCAAGGUGGGUUUUCCUUUUUUGAGGGAAGAUCCUUAAAGUGAAAGAUUCUCAGCUGACCUCAGGAGUUCUGACCUGCUUCACAGAAACUGGUAUGGUUGUAAAGCAGCCCAUAUCCUGGAGAUGGCUUUGUUGAAUGAUGCCAAUUUCUUACAGCAAAUAUACAACCUGCAGGAUUCAUUAUUUGUGUAUAGGUGUGUCACACUCUGUUUGUCCUCGUUCUGUGUGAAAGAAUUGCAUGAUGAGGCACUUCGACACAGAUCACAGCAAGGGACUGGCAACAGUGGUGGACUGUGAACAAGCAAACUGGUAGGCAGAGGGGAGAAAAGUGUAUUUUCUUUUUGCUGGGAUUGGCUAUCUAGCAGAAAUAAAGGCCAGUUUCAGCAGUAAAUAAGCACUGAAAUGGAAAGCCAGGCCUGUUUGGGCUUCAAAUUAAAUCUACCCUGGCAGUUUGCUUCCACUGUGUAACCACAGCAGAACAGCUUAAAUAAAGUUACAAGAUGAACUUCGGUUACACCUGGGGUAACCCAUGGUUUUCAAGGAACAGGGUUCCUGUUAACAAUGACUGCAUGGAGCUUUUCCAGUCAAUGAGUCAACAGUCCAGAUCCUGAAGGUGCCGUUCUGCUGCAGCAUCCUCUGGCCUUUAUGCCUGGUCCUCACUGCUGUGGUGCUUGCUGUUCCUGGAUCCUCGCUGGGGCUCACCAUGGCCAUUGGUGUUCCAGGUGGAUUCUGGCCACACUCACCAAAUCCCACCGCUGCCACAGUGGGAGAGCAGGGCUGACACAAAUGUUACCCUGCAGUGAUUUAGCCCAAAUGCCUGAAGCCUGUGAUACGUGUUUGGAAUAUUUUACUGGUUGUGCAUUGUGUACCUGGUGAGAGGCACAUGUACGCCGCUGCUCUGGAAUUUCAUCACCUUUUCUUUUCUGUACCCUCAAGGCAAACCUGCUCCACAAUAAACCUGCAGCCUGACACGACA